GGCUUAAUGAGCUGCUCGGAGACUACCCGGCAUGAAUGAUAACGGCGAAGACGUUUCCUAGGAAGCGAGGAAGGCCGAACACCCCCGCAGCGGAGGACCCAGUAAUCUAUUUACAUAAGCUGGAGGGGGUUGGAAGGUUAAGGGCUCUAGGUGAAAGUGUUGUUGUAGUCAGUUGGUUGGCGAUACCCCUCUGGCCACCAUGCUUCUGCUACUCCUCGCUCCGGUCUUCGUCGCGGCACAUGUACGGCUUUUUCGAUACAUCGAGGGUUUUGGAUGAGUUGGCCCCUCACACUGCUCAGAGACAGAAUGGGGUAUGA